AUGCCGAAAGAUUGUCAAUCGACAGUUCGACAUCGUCAAGGAACAAAGAAUAAACAACAGAUUCCUUCAUCAACAGAAACAAGAGCAGAAAAAAAUAAAAGUUAUUCUCAGAUAAAGCUAUCUUCUCUUGGCUAUCCUUUGGUUUUAUUAAUUCUUACAUUAGUUAUAUCCUAUUUUCAUUUUAUAUAUAUAUAUGAAUUAUUUGAGAAUGAUAAACAUUUUUCACAUUUAUCAACAUUAGAACGUGAAUUAUCAUUUCGUACGGAAAUGGGUCUCUAUUAUUCAUAUUUUAAACAGAUUGCUAUUGAUUCAUCAUCAUUUAUAGAAGGUUUUUUAUCAAUUAUAUCUGAUAAUCGAACAGAAGCACCAACAACAAUUAAUGUUUUAGAACGUUUUAAUCUUUAUCCAGAAGUUUUACUUAGUUUAAUUUAUCGUAUUAUGAAUUCUCAAGGUAUGUUAACAGAAAUAUGUUAUCGGAUUGAUCGAGGUCAAACUAUGAGUCCAGUUUUAUCAUGUGAAGGACAUAAAGAACCAACUUAUUUCUAUGUAACAAGUGUUUUUAUAUUAAAUGGACUUUUACUUGGUAUUUUAUUUUUAUUUGGAACAUAUUUAUCAAAAAGUAUAUUAGGUGGAAUAAUAACAACACUUGCUUAUAUAUUCAAUCAUGAUGAAGCAACAAGAGUUAUGUGGACACCACCACUUCGUGAAAGUUUUUCAUUUCCAUUUCAUGUUCUUCAACUGUUUGUUGUCACAUAUAUUUUGCAACAACAACAAAUUUUGACUAAUACUAAUGCUAUUAAAUCUCUCAUAGGGCACAAAAUAAAACUUGUGUUAUUGCUUAUUGGUUCCACAGUUUUAUACAUGUUGCCAUGGCAAUUUGCUCAAUUUACAUUAGCUACUCAAUUAUUAUCACUUGGUCUUCUGUAUAUACUUAAUAUUUUACCAUUCCAUCAAUUUUUCUUUAUUCUAUGUGCUCAAAUUCUUUCAUUAAUAAUAUCAGCUGUAUUAAUGUUUGGUAAUCGAAUGUUACUAACUUCUCUAUUUUCAAUAACAUUAUUUUCAUUUUAUUUGGUUUGUCUUGUGGAUAAUUUUUUUCUUCAUUCAUCAUUUUCAUUCCAAUCAUGUCGAUGGAUUAUUAUUAUUAUUCGUCGAAUGAUUCUUUUUUUUGUUGCAUUUAUUUUAAUUAAAUUUGUCAUAAUUAAUUUUCUUUUUUCAUCAGCUGAUGAUGAUGCUCAUAUUUGGGAUAUAUUAAGGUCAAAGUUAUCCUCAACAUUUCGAACAUUUGAUACUCAACUGUAUACAUGUGCAAAAGAAUUUGAUUUUAUUGAUAUGGAAACAAUAGUAAAAUUAUGUCGAACUGGUCUUAUUCCAUUUUCAAUGAUAAUCAUCUGUCGUUUAGUAUAUGAUUUUAUUAUCGAUAUAUUUAAAAAAAAUAAUAAUGAAAAUAAACAAAUAUGGAAUUAUUAUCAUAUUAUUCAAACAGGUGCUUAUCUAUUGAUGGCUUUAUUAAUAAUGCGUUUAAAAUUAUUUCUUGUUCCACAAUUAUGUCUUUUGAUAAGUUUAUUUAUGAAUGAACAAUUAUGGUCAAGAAAAUUUAUUGCAUGGAAAAAAUGGAAAUUAAUAAUUUUUAUUUUGAUUCUUCUCAGCAUGAGUAUUCAAGGACGACAAAAUAUCAAAGCACAAUUGAAAAUAAAAGGUGAAUAUUCUAAUUAUCCAAUGGAAAAAAUGAUUGAAUGGAUUAAUUUAAAUACUGGAAAUGAAUCAAUAUUUGCUGGUACAAUGCCAACAAUGGCUAAUUUAAAAUUAUCAACACGUCGUCCAAUUAUUGUUCAUCCUCAUUAUGAACAUAGAAAAAUUCGUCAUCGUGUUAAACUUGUUUAUACAAUGUUUUCAAGAAAACCACUUCGUUAUAUAUAUUCAAUAUUAAAACAAUAUCAUGUUGAUUAUUAUAUUUAUGAAUCUCAUUGGUGUACAAUAACAAAUCGUCCAAAAGGAUGUUCAUUUCCUGAAAUGUAUGAUAUUGAUGAACAAGAUCAAAGAAUCUUAACACGUACAACUCUUGCAUGUCAAACUCUUCAAUCUCAUCCUCAACCAUAUUUUAAAAAACUUUUUACUUAUGAUUAUCUCAGUAUUUAUCAAGUUUUAUGA